AUGAUGUUGGUUCUUUCUCCGUUUCAGAUUCAAAGCCAUUUAGCGCUGUUGGCGAUGCUUCCUGAAGGCAGCCAAGCUCACAACCAUGUCCGGCGUAUCCUAAAUAAUGUGGCUGGCCUUGGUGGUGGUCCUGCAGUAAAUGAGCAUGCAAACAAUGGGGAUGAGACUGAACUAGCAGCUGCUGCAACCCCAAGCACAAGUGCAGCACCCGUAAGUACACCGACCCGUGGUCAUCGUGCUACUACAAGCCCAAGCACAAGCGCAGCUAGGGGUCGUCUUCGGCCUGCUACAGCAACCCCAAGCACAAGUGCAGUUAGGGGCCGUGGUCGGCGUGCAACAACCCCUCGGGUUGUAACUACUCUUGAGAUGCCUCCACCCAUCCCGCAAGCAUCUCCUCAGCCUGAGGUCCCUUCACCCAUCCCAUAUGCAUCUCCUCAGCCCGAGGUCCCUUCACCCAGCCCACCUUCGCAGCCCAAUUUCGAUGUCAGUAUUGACCAAAAUGUGACCCCUCCUAUACUCCCCGAGACACCCUCAUACCCACACACUGGCUCUAGUGCACCCACUCCUGGCCUCUACAUAGAGCAGGAUUACCCACCUACCACAUCCUCAUCUGACCCUCUAGGAUCUCCGGUUGGGAUUGACACUGUAGAGCCACAUAUUGAUGUACCGGACCUUAAUCGCCCUCAUCAGGCCUCACCCCCACGAGGUAGACCGCAACGCAGUAGAAGAGCACCCACGUGUGGGACAGGUGGACACAAAAUAGGACACCGAGGCCCCGCUAUGGGUGGAAGUUACAUUUUUGAGUUUGAAAAUUUCUUAGAUCUUCAAGUUUGUCGAGAGUUUGUGGAAUAG